ACGAAUAUUUGGAAUAUGUGUACUUAGCUUUUAUAUGUUAAAGAUGAUUGAGUUAGGUUCUGAUCAACCACCACCUUUUACAGAACUUGUACGGAGGACUUGCACUCGUAAAGAUGGAAUUUUCAUCGAUGAACGAGCUAAGUAUCUUGUAAUUGAUGUAGAGGAAGUUGUUAAACUGAUGACAAGUGAUGAAGGAUCUCUCAAUUCUGUCAAUGAAACUGACUCUACUACUGCUACUCCUACUCACAUUCUGCUCAACCAAGAGUAUCUCAAGGUUAGAGCCCGCGGUGCCACCGCGGGGGAAGAUUUUUCGUUACGUUUGUUUGUGAUUUGAUUUUUUAACAUUGUUUGUGGUUUAUUGUCGUUAUUGGAAUGUGAAUGUAGUGUAGACGAAUUAAAAUUACAUAAUAUAU